AUGGAGAGAGUAGGGUACCCAGCCAACCACCGUCCCUCCUUUGGACCCCGACGGUCCAGCAGUCACAUCACCAGGCGUGAUCCAUCCGACUUCAACAACGAUGGACACCGCACCCUCGCCGUGCGGCCAAGAUACUCUGAACGAACCAAAAGCUCCGCGGGCUACGACUCCGGCAUCCGUGGUGGCGUCAUUUACUGCCCACCCACACGCCCGGGGCUGCGCCAGGGUCCCAUGUCGGGCUCUUACAUUGGAGAUCCCUUCGCAGGACUCGAUGAACUCCCUCGCCGAGCCGAAGUCUACGAAGUGCCUGUGUCGUACACCUCUGACCUCGACGGGAUGCGAAGUAGAUCCUCGACCCAGACUUCCCGACCGAGUUCCAGGGGGUCUGAAUAUGUGUACACCGAAUACGAAGACGACGAGGAGAGGGAGCGAAAGCGGUUUUUGGGGACGGAGCUGUAUGGCUAUGUGAUGGCCAUGCGACUCAAGGACCGCCUUUUGGAGGUGCGUCAGGUCCUGCAGUUGUACAAGGACUUCGAUCGUGCGAGUGGAAGUAUCUUUGUGAUCGAGACGCAGAGGGACUUCAUCGAAUUGAUCCGCCAAGCGAUCGAAGCUACCAGGGAAGUAGAAAAGCCAUUGCGCAGAUGGGCCGAAGCGGGGAAAAGCAAAACCGAAAGAGGAUACUUCACCCACAAGCUUCUCGAGACAGCAUCCGAAGUCAUCAGACUCUGGCAAAAGCGUUUCGAUUGGAUCAGAACCCGCUCCGACGAGAUGCUUUACGCGCACGGUGCAAAGGGUUCCAACACCCGACCGACGUACACCACGAGGAGGGAAAAGUGCUUGUCUUCUGUUGACGAGGCUUCGAUGCUUCUCAGAGCGAGGGAGAUGGAUGAGAUUAUGGAAGGAGUACAGGAGUUGGGAGAUAGAUUGAAAGGGGAGUGGAGACGCGAUGGGAAGUUGAAACCGGAUGAGAUGAUAAAAAGGAAGGGUAUGAAAUGGGGGACGUUAGUUGGGACUGGGAGGACUUUGUAG